AUGAGGUUGCCCUGCUUCUCCAGAAGCCCGACACUCGAGGCAGCCGACGCUGCCCCGCCUCGCAAGAGGACCAUUAACCGUGCAUCGACCGCCGAAUCUGCUCGAUCGACCGCUUCUCGCGCCAGCACAGCCUCGAAUUGGAGGUGAGUAAUGCCAUGUCCAAGUAAUUCUUUGCGCAUCCCGUAUUCAUCAUCUCGCAGCAUCUCUCGACUGCCACCCUGCAAGCGAGACUCGGACGCCAAGGUCGAAGCCAUGAUGAUGCCCCUUCCUGCAGAGCCAAGAGCCAGUCGGUGCUUGCGCCUCAGCCAGCCAAAGACUUACAGCAACAUUGUCCACUCCAUGAAAUCCGAACGAGGAAGUCGCGACUGGAAGAGUUUCCCCGUCUUCCCGGACGAUGAAGUCGACAUGGCCGAUUCCGCAAACGAGCGAGCACGACGAAAGACCGUGGAACAUGCCCGGAAGAUGCGCGCAUUCAGCAGCUUCACCGACCAACAACACCGCGAUCCUCUCGAUGCAGUCGAUAUGAUCGGGUGAACAAGAAGCAUUUGCCGUCUUUCGAAGCAAUGGAGCCGUUCGGACGGCUGUCGCUUGUUGGCGCCAAAGUCGUGCGUUGGUGGUACACCGGCUUCGGGAAUUUCCUCAGCCUUCCUCGGACUCCGGAGAACAUCACUUGCAUAAGAACACCACCAUCCCUCCUCCAACAACAUUCUUUUUUCUUUUCUUCUUUGGAUGCUCGAAUAAACUCUCAUCAUCCUGGAUCGACGACCCAUACACAUCAUUACUUUCGACGCUGAUGGACUUUCCUCCCCCGCGAUCAUCCAGGUCGAAGAAGAACAAGAACAACAAGGCGACUCAUGGCGGUGCGGCAUCGUCUCCGGAAUCCGAAAUCGACAUUCAGAAGAAGUUGAAAGCUUUCUACAAUAUCGACCUCACGCCGCCGGAGAGACUGCAAAUACCUGAAGCCCGGCUGGCUGCGACGCUUCCUUCUCCGCCUCGGUCACGACAGCGACCACCAUCGAAUGCAAGCUCCAAAGCAAGCGCAACGUCUUCGGACUCGAGCUCGAGCGGUGGCCGAAAGCGACCGGCGCCAUAUGAUGGUCUCUUAAUGCGAGAGUCUGAUCUUCCCGUCGACCCGGAAUGGAAUCUCCGCCAUCAAGCAGCUCGUCGUCGCGUCAAAAGGUUCAUCUUCGAGAAUUUCGAUGAGGUCGAUUGGAGAUCCUGUCCGACGGUCGAAGAAACAUCGUUUCAGCACAAGACGCUAUGGCAUCGGCGCGAUCUUCGGUGUAUUGCUUCGCCGCAUUACUUGCAUGGGAUUGCGAACGGCUGGCAUCGGCCUUCGUACGACUCCUCGCUUUCGGGGAGCGAUGUCCUCACCCCUGAGGAAGACAUGUUCGAUAUGAUCGGAUGA